GAAGACGCAGAAGACGAAGGAGAUGUCCAGCAGGAUGUAAUCUCUGAAGGGGGUCGGGAGGGGCCUCGCGCUGGGUCGUCCAGUCCUCCAGCUGCAGGAGCGGAAGCGGAAGAACCUCCGCAGGAGGAGCCGUUCGAUACCGAAUCUAUGCUGCCAAAUUGGCACCGUUUCGCCCUUCAUCCGCAACUCGCGCGUGCGCUCUAUGCGCAGAGGUUCACGGCUCCCACCCCCAUCCAAGCAGAGGCGCUACCACUGACGAUGCAGGGCAGGGACGUCGUCGGUGUCGCCGAAACGGGCUCCGGAAAAACACUCGCAUAUGGCCUGCCGAUCCUACACCAUCUCCUCACAGAAGCUGCCGCCCGACAAAGUGGCAGCGUGGGCCGGAGACCGGUGCGCGCUCUCGUGCUUGCGCCGACGCGCGAGCUCGCCUUGCAGGUCUCCUUGCACCUCAAUGCAUGCCUCAACACGGUCACCCCCGACCCGAAAGCUGAGAGCGCUGCCGCUGAAGACCCGGCACUCAACGUGGCGAGCAAAAAGAGCAAGGGGAAAGGCAAGGCCCCAGCGAAGCCGGCCGCUCCGCCCGCCCGGCCCAAAGGCCCGCCCGCGGUGAGCGUCGCGGCCAUCGUGGGCGGAAUGUCUGCGCAGAAGCAGCGGCGGGUCCUCGGGCGCGGCGUGGACGUGCUCGUCGCGACGCCGGGGCGGCUGUGGGACAUCGUGCAGGAGGACGACGUGCUUGCCGAGCAGCUCGCGCGCCUGCGCUUCCUCGUGCUGGACGAGGCGGACCGCAUGAUCGAGACGGGGCACUUCGCGGAGAUGGAGAACAUCUUGCGGCUGACGCUGCAGCACGCAAAAGAGGACGAGAUUGAGCCUGAGUUUGACACGGGUAUGGAGGAGAAAAAGGAAGAGGCGGACAGCAAGGAGGGCGUCAAGGACGGAGAGAUGCAGACGUUUGUGUUUAGCGCGACGUUGAGUAAAGAUCUCCAGCGAAAUUUGAAGAAGAGGGGACGCCCGCGAACAUGGACGAAAAAUGGCAAGGCGGCCACGACCCUUGAUGAUCUGCUCAUGAGACUGGAUUUCCGUGAUCCGACGCCUGCUGUCAUUGACAUCAGCCCUGAGGGCGGCAGCGUUGCUACAUUGCAAGAGAGCAGGGUAGAAUGUCUUACAACGGACAAGGAUGCAUAUCUGUAUUAUUUCCUAUUACGCUAUCCCGGACGGACGCUUGUAUUCCUGUCGUCGAUAGAUGGCAUCCGUCGGCUUCUUCCUAUCAUGGACCUCUUGCAGAUACCCGCAUUUCCUCUGCACUCGCAACUAGAACAACGGCAGCGGCUCAAGAAUCUGGACAGGUUCAGGAAUACGCCGCGCGCUAUCCUGCUCGCAACAGAUGUCGCCGCUCGUGGUCUGGAUGUACCCGCAGUCGACCAUGUUGUGCACUACCAAGUUCCGCGCACCGCGGAUGCGUACGUGCACCGCAACGGCCGAACGGCCCGUGCGCAGCGGCGCGGAUUCAGCUUGCUCAUGUGCGCGCCGGACGAACGGCGUGUUGUGAGAGCGCUCAUGAAAAGCCUCGGGAGAGAGGAAGAGCUCCUGGAAAUGCCCGUGGAGCUGUACAUGCUGGACAAGAUGAAGGCCCGUGUGCAGCUUGCGCGCCAGAUCGAUUCCGCGCAGCAUCGGGUACGGAAGGAGAACCACGACAAGGGCUGGUUACGGAAUACCGCUGAGGCGAUGGAGAUCGCACUCGAUUCUGAUUUCGAGAGCUCCGAGGAAGAAGCAGCUCCGUCAAAACAAAAGCGCAAAGCCGCAGAUGCUAAAACAGCCAAUCUCAAGGCAGAGCUCAAACAACUGCUGAAGCAGCCGCUGGUCGCGCAGGGCGUGUCAACCCGAUAUAUCACAUCAGGCAGCGUGUCUGUUGCGGACGAAAUGAUCGCGGGUCAAUAUAACGAGACUAUGGUCGGGUUGAGGAAGACGGAAGCCGGGAGCGACCUGGUGCGAGCCAAAAAGCCAAAGUCGAAAGCAGUAAGACAGGAGUUCGAGGAAUGGAACGGUAUUGAGGCAUAACUCAGUCUGGGCCAUGUUUGGCGUGGACACAUCCUCAUAUGGAUGCUCGCGGCUCAUACCGCGUUGCAGCAACGACGCCCUGCUCGACGAUACUGCUUGUGCUUUUGCCAGUACUCAAUUUCGUAGUUAAUCGUCACUACUCUGAUCCUGUCUCACCAACAUAACCACUGGAAGUCGCAGUAUAGGCGCUACAGCCUUAUAGACUUCAUCAUCGCUAUCGACAAAGAGCAUUUAGUACAAAUACAAACAUUUGGUUCCAGUUGAA